AAAGCAUAUUAGUAUGUUAUGUGUAAGCCAGGUUAAAUGAAAAAAAGGUUAAAAAAAGAUGUGGGAACAAGUCAAGCAUGGGGUGUGCCACAUCUAGGAUACCACAUUGUGCACUUUUGGGGAAGAAGAGGGUGUGUGUUUGUGGGCUGGCCUCAUGGCAUUGACUGGACUAAAGAAACCACUCAUCCAGUCUAUUCCAUACUAGUUCAGUGGGAGGGGACCAUUCCAGGUUGAGCUUCUCCACCGCCUUAGAUAUGAUGCGCAGCAGAUCCUGAUCUGCGUGACUAGGUUUGUAAAUCUCACUGUGAUGAGUGUCAAAGUCAUCCAUGUGGCUGGCUAACCAAUCUUCCAGAUCUGAAGCCGUGGAGGACAUGGCAUCGUCACAGUCUUUCUUAGGCAUGCCAAGAAAUCCACCGGAGAGAGUUGAUCUGGAGAGCAGGGACCACGCGGACGUUAUGCCGGCAUAACCUCACUGACAGCAGUGUUGGUUUCUGCAACCAGUGGCCAUUGCUUCUUACUUUGCAGCUGUGGAGUAACAGCAGAGGAGAAAGAUGGCAGAUAGGGAGUAGAUGCAUCACUGAGUGCGAGGGCUACCUUCCUGUAGAGAGUCCUGACACCUUUAGAGUCACAGUAAGGGCAGUAGGGCUCAUCAGUGGUGGACUUUGCGUGGACACGGCCCAGAUGCAGAUGCACCUAUCCUGAUUGGCUGGGAGCUGUAGAGGUCCCAAACAGGAAGCACAAAGUUUGAAGGACAUAUCUUAUAUUUUCACUACAUUUAUCCACCUUUGGUGUAAACCACUGCUGUAUAAGGGGUGCCACACCCCUCAUUUCUAUGCACUUGAGAGCCAUUGGCCAUUGUAGAGUUAGGAUUUACUUUUCUAAGAAGAAAGGUGUUUCCCCAGUGCAUCAGCUAGCUGUAUGAAACAUCGAGAGACAUCUCGAAAGGGAACCACUAGGUACAUCCUGCCUUAUGAACAACUGGUAAAACCAAAUAAUGUAUAGAUUUAGUUACAUACUAGUUUUUAGUUACUAAGCCUCUAGUGUGGACCCAACACAGGUAAAUAGAGUUCUGUUUUACGUCUUAAGCAAAUACACACAAAAUUAUGUCUGAAUGGCUCUUGACGAGUAUUCUCAUAAGUACUGUAUAUGCAUUUCUUAUAUUAAUAAUGUUGAUCAAACAGCAAAAGAGAAAGAGGGGGCAUGACCUAAAGGGUUGAAAACCACUGAUCUACAUGAUAUACUUACAAUUUUUGUCAUUGCUUUGUUUGACAGUGAAAACAUAGCAUAAGGAUGGAACAAACUAUAGAAAUAUUAUAAUAAACCCAAAAGUCAAAUAAAUAAAUAAAAACAGUUAUGCAAGCUUCCAUCUAUUGGUUAUAUGUUUAUAUGUCAUUUUCAUCUUAAGUUGUUUUCCGCUGGGAUUUUUGGUUAAUUUUUAAAGUGAAUUUUACUGCAUAACCGUAGAUAUAUAUCACUGACAAAAUAAAAAUAUUGCAAUGUCAAUUUUUUCCCAAUGUCAUGCAGCCCUAAUAUUUUCUAAAAGUGCCUGCGUAGGAUCUGUAGUUCAGUGAAAUAACAGAUAUGCAAGUGAAAAGUGAUUAGAAUUGUUAUUUUUGCAAGGCAACGUUGUUCAAUUCACUGUAAUGGGAAGAAAUGAAACGGUUAUUUUAAAAGCUCACACCAUUGCACAUGUAUAACUCCAUUGGCAAGGUUUUGGGGAGCAUUUACUUUAGAGAAGUACUGAAGUGGCUGAAAAUCACAUUUGAGGUUUUAAUUUACAAAAUCACAGAUAAACCAACAGUCAGUUUACCCAGUAAACUGUAAAAAAAAAAGGUACCAUAGUCACUGUAUAGCAUGCGUUUGUAUGUUUUACCAGCAGUGGCUGAAAUUUAUUUGGUAAAAUGAUUUGUUUUUAACUUUAUUGUUAAGGCAACACUUAUUAGGGGUGACGGUUUGAGGGGGGAUUUCUCAAAGACACUUAAAAUGUUCUUCUUUUCUGUAUCUGAUGUUCUAUGUGCUAUUAGUGUGAUGCAGCCAACAUGAACGGUUGUCUUGUGUUGCACACCCUUUCCAACACUGCGACACGAUCGCCCCAGGGAGAAAAGCGCCCAUGCUUGAUAUCGUAUGGUUCAUGACCAAUAUGUUUCCAGUACAGGAAAAAUCCCUGAAGAAGCAAAGGCGCUCUCACUUUUGGCCCCCGCCGCCCCAGUGACCAGCCUGAUGAGCGGAGGAGGACUUCUGCCCAUUCCUAGCCCCUCUACACUACAGAAUCGAGGUCUUCCUUUAGCUAAUCUGGGGGUCCUGAAGUCUAGUUUGGACACAUCAGUGGCGGCUCUAAAUGCAAUUGCUUCACAGCCUCCGCUCACGGGAAAUGUAGAUCCCUCUAAAAUUGAUGAGAUCAGGAGGACGGUGUAUGUCGGCAAUUUAAAUUCACAGAGCACCACAGCAGAUCAGCUCCUCAAGUUCUUCAAGCAAGUGGGAGAUGUCAGGUUUGUCAGAAUGGCAGGAGAUGAAACCCAACCUACACGUUUUGCUUUUGUGGAGUUUGCUGAUCAGGAAUCGGUGUCACGAGCGCUUACAUUUAACGGAGUUAUGUUUGGCGACAGACCACUGAAGAUUAACCACUCCAAUAAUGCCAUAGUGAAGCCUCCAGAGCUCACACCUCAAGCUGCGGCCAAAGAGCUGGAGGAUGUGAUGAAGAAAGUGAGAGAGGCUCAGUCAACCAUCGCUGCUGCUAUCGAGCCAGAUGAUAAAAUUCAUUCAUCCAGUAGGUCUAGAUGUUCCAGAGGGUCCAGAUCUCACUCUCGCUCGCCAUCACAUUCACAAAGAAAGCGAUCUAGAUCCAGUCACAGGGGCCGCCUGUCCCAGACAUCCCGACAGAGGGUGAAUGACUCCCAGGGCCCCCAUAGGAGACGCUCACAUUCCCGAGAAAGGAAACACAGCCAGAGUCGAUCUCAUUCUAGGGACCAAAGGAAGGACAAGGACACCAAAGCAAGGAAGGACGAUGACUGGGAAGAAAAGAGGCCGCGGGACAAAAAGGGAAGGACGCCUCCCAAAGGAUACAGUGGCUCUAGACGUUCCCACAGUAUAAGCAGAGUCCAUAAGAAAAGAAGCAGAUCUCGAUCCAGGUCACCAAGGCGGAGAGCCAGGUCACCGACACCAUCUAAAAGAGGCAGGAAAGAUAAAAAGAGGGAUAAAGGAUGGGACAGUAGCAGGGAAAGGACAGAGACCUCAACAUCCAGGAGGAAAAGCAGGGAUUAUGAACAUAAAGCUAAGACAUCACUGAUGGAGAGGUGCUAUGAGCAGGCGGACUGCGAGUAUGACAGUGACGUGGAUGGCUCGGGCUCUGUGGGUAGUGACAUCAGAUCUCCUCAAACUUACCUCAACGGAAGCUAUAGGGGCACUUACGCCGAGGAGGAUGAUCUCUCUGCAGCCGACUGAUUCACAUGUACCCAGAAUGCCAAGAACACUGAUGUUGUGACUGGAGAGCAUUGCUUCAUGUAUCACACUGUAACAGCCGUCACUCCUUUUGAAGUGCUUUCGUCGCGUCCAUUGCUAUGUGACUGUAGACUUUUGAAAACAUUUUCUACUGCUGUGAAUAUUCUGCCUGUCAUAUGAUAUUCAUAUGGAUGAAAAUAUAAAGUUUUGGAUAGUUCUUUAUUGUGAUGAGAGAUGCGGUUUAUUGAAUGAAGGUGCUUGUAUUGAGGUCACUUGUUUUGUCAGGUCUGCAUUUUUCUUUUGCAUGUAACUUUGUGUUUAGACUCUAGUGAAAAGAUGUUUCAUGCGAUUUUGUUUCUCUUUUUGGUCUGUCGUACUAAAACAAAGCCAUUAUUAGUGUGAAUCUAAAAAAAAAAGUGUUUUGCAUUUAGCAUUUUUCUUUUGAUGUUUCAGUACAUAUUCCUUAAAACUCUUAUCAUUACUCUAAUGUAAAAAAAAAUUUUUAUUUUACUUAUUCCAAUUCAAGUAUGGCUUAAUUAUGAUGAAAAUAAUACCAGAAAUUGAUUUAUCCACUCUGUCUGGUCCUUUUCAUCGUUUCUGUUUACUUCAGUAAACAAAAAAAAAUACAAUUAGAUCAUAUGUAUUAUAACAGUCCGAGUGAACUGUGUAGGAACACAGUGCAUGUUAAAAAGUGCCUAGACAGUUUGUGUGGCAACAGAAUAUUUAACGAAGUGCAAAUCAAAUCAAAAGACUUAUUUAUCGUGUAUUAUACUAAAGCUUGUGUAAAAUGCAUAGGUUGAUCCAUAUUUUUUAACAGUAUUUAGUUUGCACCAGUGUAGACAGAGUCCUACAGUAAACUCUUCAUACAUGUAUUGUUGUGGCAUAUAUUCAGAUGUUUUAAUAGGUUUUCUAAGAAGACUUUACUAAUUGAAGAGCACAGUAACGUUAACAGUGACUGCUGUCUCGUUUAGAAUAACUACAAUUUAAAGCUUUAAGCUCUCCCAAUAUUAUUUAUUUUUUUAUAUUGUCUUUUUUUUCAGUCUAAUUUUCUAAAUGGGUAUAUAUAAAUAUAUACAGUACUUGUUAGCAGCAAAACUAGUAUGAUGAAGUAUGAAGUAACUUAUGAAUUGUAUUGAUUUGUGUGAUUUUGUGCAUCUGUUUAGAUGUGUAUAAAAGAUUGAAAUUGACAUUAAAGAGUUAUACUUCCAGUUU